AUGCGUCCUUCUCUCCUCUUUCUUCUGUCUGUGGUGGCUAGCCGUCCCAUUCACGGCCCACAAGACUUGACACCUGGCACCGCGGUCUCUGGCCAAGUGAUCACAUCUCCAACCAUUGCAUCUGACGCGCUCGUCGACAACGUUCAAAGCAGGAAUGACGCGAGUACCGCUGCCAUUGCAAGCAGCGAUCUGACUGACAACUCUAUCAAGAAAACCAGAACCAAAACCAAGACCAAGACCAGGACCAAGACCACGAAUAUCCUGACAUCCGGUGCAGCCAGUCAAGCCUCAACAUGCCAUCUACAGGCGGCUCUGACAUUCUGCUUUGUGGCAGCUACUGUUCUGGCAGAGCUCUGA